GUGUGUGUGUGUGUGUGUGUUUAUAUUCUGCACUUUGAAAGUGGUGGCGAAAUAAACUAAAAGUUAUUUUUCUAUUGAGAAGACAGAAGAGGUGGAUUUUUUUUUUUCCAUUUUGAUUCCAACCUUUUCUCCCCGUGACAAGGCAUAAAUCAUGGACACCAGAGAAUAAGGCAGACCUCAGGAAUCUGAAUACAGGGAAGCUUACAUCUCCCUCGGGAGGGAAGAGUGGGGUGUUCUCAGCCCUCUCUGGAACCCAAGGCGAAAAACAUGAGUUGCAUGCCAUGGAAAGGCGACAAGGCCAAAUCCGAAUCCUUGGAGCUGCCCCAGGCGGCACCCCCACAAAUCUACCAUGAGAAACAGCGCCGGGAGCUCUGUGCUCUCCACGCCCUCAACAACGUCUUCCAGGACAGCAAUGCCUUCACGCGGGAAACGCUGCAGGAUAUUUUCCAGAGGUUGUCUCCAAACACCAUGGUGACACCCCACAAGAAGAGCAUGCUGGGAAAUGGGAACUAUGAUGUGAACGUCAUUAUGGCAGCACUUCAAACCAAAGGCUAUGAAGCUGUUUGGUGGGACAAGCGCAGGGAUGUCGGUGUCAUUGCUCUCACUAAUGUCAUGGGUUUCAUCAUGAACCUGCCCUCCAGUCUGUGCUGGGGUCCACUCAAGUUGCCUCUCAAAAGGCAGCACUGGAUCUGUGUUCGGGAGGUGGAUGGGGCCUACUACAACCUUGACUCCAAACUCAAGAUGCCCGAGUGGAUUGGAGGCGAGAGUGAGCUCAGGAAAUUUUUAAAACACCAUUUGCGAGGAAAAAACUGUGAACUCCUGUUGGUGGUACCAGAAGAGGUGGAAGCCCGUCAGAGCUGGAGGGCUGAUGUGUAACAAUUCUCAACCUGCCCUGGCCUCAACCCUCAGUUCUCCUUGAUGUGCUGUGGCCUGUUCCAUGGCUCUGCCCUGGCCACUUCCCCAAACAUCUCAUCGGGUUUCCCCUUCAGGUUUGCUAGUGCAAUAGGACAGAUAUGUGGACUGUUAAUACAAGAACCACCCAGCAUUGUCUGUGCCUGGGGAAGGAAGGUAGGAGCUCUCUGAGCAGGUAGGGCAAGCCACUAGACAUCAUUUGCUCUAUUUCAGAGAGGAGAGGGAGUGAGGGGUCGUGGCUUAUUUCCCCCUUUCUAUGAGGACUUGACCCCGGCUCUGCUGGAAUCAACACUGCUGCUUCAGGCUCAUGGGGAGGCUGCCUUUUUUCUCUCUUGUGCACCAGUGGGUCUAGGACACAGUACAUGCACAGACACGUGACUGCCUCAAAGGACGUGGAGCAUAAGAGUCUCUCAGGAAACCAUCUGCAACCCCUCCUCCCCCAGUGGUAGCAUCAUACGCUGCCUGCAUCCUAAAAUGCCACCCCUUACCCCAUUUGAAGGAUGGUUUAUAGCCAGCCUUGGAGCUUUGCAGUGAAAAGUUCUCUGAUAUUCCAAAGUGAGUGGUGGAUCCCACAAUAUUCUAGCAAGACACGAGAAAGAUAACUAAGGAAAUGUGGCUAAAUCCACACUGGGGACAGUUACGGAGUGGCCUUUUAUGUCAGUUUUGUCGCUACCAUUUCACUACAUUGACUAGGAAGCUCUGGGGCAAAAAGACAAUAAAGGGGGAAUUUUCAGAAACACAUCUACCCUUGACAUUAGAUUCCACUUAAGUAUGGGACAAAGUUGGGUGAGGAAACUGUUUCAAAGGUAAGCUUCACAGUGUCAGAGCAGCUAGGAUUGGUAGAAGUUCUGGGCUUGGAGACCAUGGCUGUAAUGAGAAGUACAGCUCUCGAGUUUGGAUCAAUGUGCAUUUUGUCAGAAAAACCUGAGCUUGUCAUUGCCAUGUAGUUUCAUUUACCAAACAGGGUUGGCCUGCCCCUACCUCUUCAAAUAGUUGUAGGCCACUUUUCUCCUGUUACUUUGGAAAACAGGAAAAAGAGUGGAUAUAAGUAUACCACACACUACCACCACCAAAGUGGCUGUGGUUGCCUCAAGGCAGGUGGGCAGGUGGGUGACCCAACCAGUCCUUAGGGAGCUCCACAGGUCUAAGAGCUGCCCCACUGGCCAGACUUCUCCAGCAGCAGAGCUAGCCUGGGGCUUGCAUGUCGAUCCUGAGCAAGCUUUAACGGGGGAAGCUGGGGCUUUCUCCCACUGUGACUGGAGUGCAUGUUUACACCAGCACUUUUUCUGCACAUGUCUCUUCAAUCCAACAAGGCCGUUUUUUAUGCCGAGUAGCAGAGGCUUUAAAUGGCUACUGUUUCGCUCUCAGCAGCUGGCCAUGGUCUCUUCUGCACCAUUUUCUACACCAGACCUGCUUGGCACCACAGGGAGCGCCACCCCUGCACAAUGACAUUCCAACCACCACCAGCCAGAAGUUACAGCCAACUUUGAUGAUUGUCACAAGCAGGGCCUUGGGUCCAUUGGCACUGUCAGUGAUAGUAAGCCAUUUCUUGGGAGGAGCAAAUCUCCUCUCCACCAAUCUGCUUGGGCCUUUCCAAAUGGCACUUCAAAGGAAUCCCAUGCACGUGGAGUCCAUGAGCCAAUGGGAUAUGCAAAGAUGCUUAAACAUUUCAGGGCUGGUUUCUGUUCAUAUCUACUUCUGGUGCUUAGGAACAGGGACCCAAGCUGAUGCCCAAGGGCAGAAAGCUCCACUUCCUAUAGGAAGGGGCAGGCCUGACCCUGAUGCCCAGUAAGGGGCAACCCUAGGCUUUGUUUUUUCUUGCUUUUAUUCCCUUUUUUGUUGGCCUUGUGCUGGGUUUGUUUACAGAAGAUGUAUUUUGUUUAACCAAAUAUUAAAAAUGGGAAACUCUGAA